AUGGACGACGCCAAGAGAAGAGCCAUGAUAAAAUCUCUAGCCGUCGAGCAAAAGAAGACGGGUGAGAUCGUUGUUCCCAGUGUGCCGGGGUCAUCGGGCAAGAGGAAGCAGCCACCAAAGUCCGACCGUCCACACAAGCAGCCAAAGGUGUCAAUGGAGCCCAUCGUGGGCUUGAUGGCUGAGGGCCCUAAGGCCGUCAACCAAGUUAAACAGGGGGCCGGUAAGGGCCUAAUGCAUGCUCCACCCGUCAGCGAGGAGAAGCCCCCUCCCCUUCUUCGUGAUGAUUCGAAGUUCGCUUUGGAAAAGCUUACGUCCAUACUUUCUGCAGAGGACUAUGAGGAUCUGGGGAAUCACUCGACGGAGGCGAUGGGAGAGACGGGGUUAUUUGCCGUCGGACAGACGGAAGAAGAGCUUAGCCAGCUGCACAAGUGGAAGUUCACCAUGGAGCAGAAAUUUGAACUGUCUGAGAAUACAAGAAAGGAGCUCGAACAGAAGACGGAAGAAGCUGGGAAGGUCUUGAAGAGCAGAGCGGACGAGGUGAAAGAUCUGAAGAAAAAGCUCCGUCAUGCAAAGGACGACGCCGUCAGCGAAUAUCGCAACUCCGAGUCCUUGUUGAAGGAGCUUGGAGGAUCGUUCCUUCAAGGCUUUGACGAUGCGCUCCGUCAGAUAAAAAAGACCUACCCAGAUCUGGACGUGUCUAUGAUAACACUUACUGAUCAAGAUCAGACUUCUGCCCUGCCCGUCGCCUCCGAAAAUACGGAGGACCUCUUUGGGGAAGAAGCAGCUCAGGGUGACGGAGAGUCCGCUCCGCCGAAUGAGGUCGCUGUUGCCGACCCCAAGAAAGCAGAGCUAAAUGGACAACGGGUUGUACCUGUUUUUUACAAAGUAGAUCCAUCUGAAGUACGUAAGCAAGAAAAAUGUGCUUUUAAAGAAGCAUUGGCCGAACAAGAAAACAAAUUCAAGAAUAACAAAGAGAAGGUGCAGAGGUGGAGGACAGCUCUAAAAGAAGCGGCUGAUUUAUCUGGAUGGCAUUAUAAGGAUGGCAGCUCUGAAUUCAAAUUCAUCCAACAAAUUAUUGAAGAAAUAUUGUAUACCAAAUUAAAUGGCAUACAGUUAUUUGUUGCUAAAUAUCCAGUUGGAGUAAAUUCUCGUGCCAAGGAGAUAGAAUCACUUUUAAAUAUUAAGGUAGACGGAUUUCGAAUGGUAGGGAUUCAUGGUCUUGGGGGAAUAGGUAAGACAACUAUUGCAAAAGCUGUUUAUAACAGAAUUUUUAAGCAUUUUGACGGAAGUUGCUUUCUAGAAAAUGUUAGAGAAAGUUCUGAAACAAAUAAUGACAUGAUCCAACUACAAGAGAAACUCCUUUUUAAUAUCUUAAGGGGCAAAGAUUUGAAAGUGUUGAGUGUAGCCCAUGGAACCAAUAUGAUAGUGGAAAUGCUUCUUCGUAAAAGAAUUCUUGUUAUUCUUGAUGACGUGGAUAAGACAAAACAAAUAGAAAAUUUGUUUGGAAAUUAUGAUUGGUUUGCUUCAGGAAGUAGAGUCCUUAUAACAACAAGAGACAAACACUUGCUCGAUAAUCUUGGAAAAGUUUGUACAACUUACAAGAUGACGGAAUUGGACAACUGUGAAGCUCUUGAACUUUUUAAUCAACAUGCAUUCCAAGGAAAUGAACUUGAGGAAGAUUAUUCUAUACUUGCAAACCAAGUCAUACAAUAUGCCAAUGGCCUACCAUUAGCUCUAACAAUAAUAGGUUCUGAUUUGUGUGGAAAACCAAGAUCUCAAUGGGAAAGUGCAGUACAGCAAUAUGGAAAAAUUCCUAAAGAAGAUAUUCAUAAUAUACUUGAAGUAAGUUAUGCUGGAUUGGAAGCUACGGAAAAGGAUAUUUUUCUUGAUAUUGCAUGUUUCUUCAAGGGAAGGAACAAGUAUGAUGUUGUAAAUAUAUUACAUGCUUGUGAUUUAUAUCCAGGAAAUGGUAUUCCAAACCUUGUUAAUAAAUGUCUCGUAACCAUUGGUCAUGAUGGCAUAUUGGGGAUGCAUGACUUGGUACAACAAAUGGGUAGGGAAAUUGUUCGGCAAGAAUCACCAAAAAUCCUCGAAACACGUAGCAGGUUAUGGUAUUAUGAUGAUGCAUGUGAAGUACUAACUGGAAGUAAGGGGUCAGACAAAAUUCGAGGUAUAAUGUGGCAUUCGCCUAAUCGAAUAACAGUGAAAUUACAUGAUGAAGCUUUCAAAAAGAUGGAAAAUCUCAAAUUUCUUAUGGUUCGUAAUGUAAUUAUUUCUGAAGAACUUAUAUAUCUUCCCAAUGGGUUAAAGUUACUUGAAUGGCACGAAUAUCCUUUUCCUUUGCCAUCCAAUUAUCGUCCUCAACAACUUGUUGUACUCGAAAUGCCGCGUAGUUGCAGUAGAUUGGGCAAGCUAUUCAUGAAGGGGGGCCAGUACAAUAAUUUGAAAAGUAUCAAUUUGGAAAGGUGUAUAUCCAUUAGAAAAUUACCUGACUUGUGCACCCCAAACUUAGAGAGAUUGAACAUUAAUGGUUGUGAAAAUUUAAUUGAGGUUUAUGAGGCCAUUGGAUCUCUUGAUAAGCUCAAAAGUUGGAGUCUCAAAAAAUGCAAAAAACUUCAAAUUCUUCCUAGCUGCUUUAGGUUGAAAUCUCUUGAAGAUAUUAAUCUAGAUGGCUGUGUAAGUCUUGAAAAAUUACCUGACUUGGGUGCCCCAAACUUAGAGAAUUUGAACAUGGAUAAUUGUGAAAAUUUAAUUGAGGUUCAUGAGGCCAUUGGAUCUCUUGAUAAGCUCAAAAGGUGGGAUCUCAGCAAUUGCAAAAAACUUCAAAUUCUUCCUAGCAGCUUUAGGUUGAAAUCUCUUAAAGAUAUUUAUCUAAAUGGCUGCGUAAGUCUUGAAAAGUUACCUGACUUGGGUGCUCCAAACUUAGAGUAUUUGAACAUUAAUAAUUGUGAAAAUUUAAUUGAGGUUCAUGAGGCCAUUGGAUCUCUUGAUAAGCUCAAAUUAUGGGAUCUCAUGAAAUGCAAAAAACUUCAAAUUCUUCCUAGCAGCUUUAGGUUGAAUUCUCUUGAAGAAAUUGAUCUAGAUGGCUGCGUAAGUCUUGAAAAAUUACCUGACUUGGCAAUUGCAAAAAACUUCAAAUUCUUCCUAGCAGCUUCAGGUUGA